CUCACUUAUCCAAACUAAACAGGCUGGCAGAAGCUUGGAUAAGCGAAUAUCUUGGAUAAUAAGGAGGGAUUAAGGAAAAGCCUAUUAAAAAUCAAAUUAGGUUAUGAUUUUACAAAUUAAGCAUCAAAACUUCAUGUUAUACAACAAAUUUGACAGAAAAAGUAGUUCAACACGCAGUAAUGUUAUGUUGUAAUGACUGUAUUUACGAAUUUAGCACCAAAAUAUCACGAUAUAUUGAAAACAUUGACUACAAAAAUGGCUUGGAUUAUCCAGAGGCUUGGAUAAGCGAGGCUUGGAUAAGUGAGACUCUACUGUAAUUCCAUUCUUCCAAGGAGUGCUAUUCCCAAUCUGGACACCAGGUGGGGGUCUUCUCGUCCUGCACUGUCCUGCAAACUUUUUCCAAAACUUUCUUUUUAAAGGGACUUUUCCCCCCUCCUUCCAAAGCUGCAGAACAACCCUGGGGGCUCCUUCCUUGCCCUGCAUGGCCCAUCCCAGCCUCUUUCUUUGGGAAUCUGCAAGCCAGAAAAGUGUCUUUCUCCUGCCUGCAGCUCCUGCCACAGCCAUUCCCUAUUGCAGUGCAAGGAUCCUCUGCCUAGCUGGGCUUUCCCUUCUUUUUGGCUUGGAAGAAAGUUGGAAAAGAGGAAAAUAAACCCCAAAUUUGGAUAUAUAUUUUUUUAAAAAAAUGCAUUUUUAAUUUUUUUCUGCUUCUUGGAGGAUGCUGUGUAGUCAUCAAGUCUAAAGAGAGCUGGGCCACUCAAACUGCCUUCAGGUUAAGAAAUGGAGAACAACGGCAUGUAUCUUCACACCUUCAGCGAGAGGGAGAACGGAUCCAUCUUGGAAGAGCCCUUCGAUGAGAAGAACCUCUCGAAGAUGAACCUCUGCAAUGAAGGUCUUGGUAGGAAGAAGAAACUUUCAGGCACCUGCAGCCAGCUUGGUUCUGUGGCUGCCCUGAAAUAUGCCGUGGUUGGGCUAUACCUGUUGGUCUUCCUGAUCCUUGUGGGUGUUUUCAUCCUUGCAGUCUCCCGACCCCAGAGCUCUCCUGAGGACCUCAAGGCCCUGAUGGGGAACGUCAACCGGCUGAACCAGACCUUCCGGGAGCUCCAGCUGCGGAUGCUGCAGCAGCAGCCGCCUUUGAAGAUGGACUUCUUGGACCACGUCUGGCGGCUGCAGGACCUGCUCCAGAACCACUCCGACUCCCUGCUGAGCAUGAGCGGCUCCCUGCAGGAGCUGGGUGGGGCGCUGGGGAGCCUGCAGGCCCAGGCGUCCGGGGCGGACCGGGCGCUCUCGGGCCUGCGGGAGGGCCUGGCACAGCAGGAGGAGCUGGCCCAGGCGGAGGCCCACCGGCUCUGGGUGGAGGGCAACAGCAGCCACCUCCUCCUGCGCCACCACCAGCUCCUCCUGGCCGAGAUGGCCUCCCGCAUGGAGGGACUGCGCGACCAGCUCACCGACCUGGGCGGACAAGUGGGCAGCCUCAACCGGACCCUCUCCUACGACGUGGGCAUCCACCACACACGCAUCCAGGACCUGCAGGUCCUGAUCAGCAAUGCGACUGAAGAUGCGCGGCAGAUGCGCCGGGUGCACAUUGCCAUGGAGCACCAGCUGAAGCAUGAGCUGGCCAUCCUCAACAACGUCACCGAAGACCUGCGGCUCAAGGACUGGGAGCACUCCAUCGCCUUGAGGGACAUCUCCGUCAUACGAGGGCCUCCUGGACCGAAAGGAGAGCAAGGCAAUGAAGGGAUGGAGGGCGAACCCGGAUUUCCAGGCUUACCUGGACUGCAAGGAGCCCCUGGGGAGAGAGGGCCGGCCGGACCCCGAGGAGCCAAAGGGGACAGAGGGGACCUGGGGCCCCAGGGCAUGCUGGGCCCCCGAGGAAUCUCAGGCUCAAAAGGAGAAAAAGGUGACAAAGGAGACCAAGGAGGAGAAACAGGCUCUGUAGGAACUGAUCCCCAGGAAGGCAGUGUCCGCCUUGUAGGAGGAUCUGGGCCCCACGAAGGACGGGUGGAAGUCCUCCACGACCACGUCUGGGGCACCAUCUGCGACGACGGCUGGGACACCAAGGACGGGGACGUUGUGUGCCGGAUGCUGGGCUUCCUCGGGGCGGAGGAGGUUCACCGGAUGGCUGCCUUUGGACAAGGGAAAGGUCGCAUUUGGAUGGACGACGUGGCCUGCAAAGGGACCGAAGAGAGCCUCUUCCAGUGCAGCUUCUCCAAAUGGGGGAAGACCAACUGUGGCCACGCCGAGGAUGCCGGCGUGAAGUGCAUAAAGCCGUGAAGAGAGCCAGGAGUGAGCAGAGGACCUUUUUGGGCAAAUGAAUAAAUCCUCCAGACUUCAAAAGGCCAGCCAGUCCUGGAAAGAAAGCUGGCACCCUUGCCUUCCUUCUUGCCAGGCCCUUGGCUAUCCAGCUAAAGGUGCCAACUUGCCCUUUCGAUCUCUCAGGACCUUUGGUAGAAGAUCAGGGAUGAUGGGGAAAGGGUCCGGUGCAACACCCCGACUUUCCUACUUUUUAAAAAGCCUUUUUAUGAGUUGAAAAAUCCCUAUUUUGUUUUCAAAAGAUCAUUUUAUAUACAAGGGUUGAAUGAAAAGUAAUGCCUCCACCUUCGUAACUUCUCAACAGAUGGUAGUCCUGGUCUGCGGCAGGUCCUGGCUUGUUCAGGAGACUCUUCUCUAUAGUUCCGUUUGGCGGGAAGCCUUAGCAUUGAACGGUUGUGUUGUUAAAGUGCAAAGUAUGGAACCCUGCGCAGACGGUCGGUCAAUGUGACUUAAGCAACGUGCAGUCACUGAAUUCUUGACAGCAAAAGGUGUCACCCCAAAGGAGAUUCAUGAGAGAAUGCAAGCUGUUUAUGGUGAUUGUGUUUUUUUAAAAAAAUUGUUUUUAUUGUUGUUUUGUCAUUUUAUCCCACUCCCACCCUCCCACCCUCCCCUCCUUGUACAUACACUUUAUACAACAAACUACAGAAGUUACAUUUGAAAUAUCAAUCUCAAUCUUAAUUUUUCCACUCCACAUCUUAGUACGUUCUCUAAAUAGUUCUUAACUGGUUCCCACAUUCCCUUGAUUAUUGCAAUAUUUUCAAUUUUAUCUAUAUUAUUCCAUUUGCAAUUUGAUUUCUACAUUUAACAUAUCAACUAUAUACUUAUACCAAUUCGUCAGAGUCCAUUUUGUUUAUGGUGAUUGUGUUGAUGUGAGUCCUGUGCGUCACUGGGAGAGUAAGUUGAAAGAUGUUGAGGUGGAAACAUCUGACUUGCGUGACAAACAAAGAAUCAGACGUCCUGCAAUAGCAACUAUCGAGUUUCACAAGCCAAAGGUUAACAGAUUGAUUCAGGACAAUCGUCAUAUCACUCAGAGAGAAAUUUCAAACAUAAUUGGCAUUUCACAAGAACGUGUGGGUCACAUUAUUGCUUUGCUUGGCUGUCGGAAGAUCUGUGCACAAUGGGUCCUGUGAGACGCCGGUUGUGGAAACAGAGUGUUGGCUUCUUCCGUGACGGCUUCAGAAAACUAGGCAGAAAUGUAUCCAAUUGUCUGGUGAUGAUGUGGAAAAGUGAAUAGUGAUAGUUAAAGAGCAUGUUCUAAGGAUUAUUUCUGCGUUUGAUUUAUUAAAAUAUUCCCAUCCAAACCCAAGUAAUGAAGGUGGAGGCAUUACUUUUCAUUCAACCCUCAUACAACCCAGAGCCUUCUCCAAGAAUCAGCUGGAAAAUAUGGAUCCAUAAAAUAAAAAUCACAGAAGUAGAUGUCCAGUCACUUUGGAGAAUUGUUAUUGCUCAGCUUCCAGCCUGAGCCCUGCCACAUGCACCAUGGAGGACCUUCUCACAGCGACACCAGAGACACUCCAAGUGAACAGAUUCUGGUCAUAGGAAAUCUAGUAUAAUACCAAGUUUUUAAACUUUGUUUCACUCUGACACGAUGAAUAAAUCCAAAAAGCUGUGAUAAUAUGGAUCCAGAACACAGAACAAUUCAUCUUGUUGCUUUGGAGACUUGUUUUUGCCCAAUUUCCAUCAAAAGAGCUUGGAAAAUAUGCAUCCAGAACACAGAGUUAGACAUCCAGUCACUUUGGAGACCUGUUGUUGCCCAGUUAUCAUCCAAAGAGCUUCAAAAAUAUGGAUCCAAAAUUCCAGACCUGUGUUUCCCAUCUUCCAUCCCAUAAUCUUUGGAAGUAUGCAUCCAGAAAACAGAACUAGAUGUCUUGCCACUUUGGAGACCUGUUUUUGCCCAACUUACAUCCAACAAAACCUGGGAAAUAUGGAUCCAAAACCCCAGAAGUAGAAGUCCGCUUACUUCAGUGACCUUUGUUUUCUGUUGAACUUCCCUUUCAAAUGCUUGACUUGCUCUUGAGUUCAGAUCAUGAGCUGGACUUAUGAUCUCAUAGCCAUCCAUGACACAAUACAGCCUCCAAAAUGGCCCAAAAAGUGCUCCAAAUGAAGCAUUUCGGAGGCAUUAGAGGUCUUGAGGAAAGGUCCUUUCCAGCUACAGUAGAGUCUCACUUAUCCAAGACUUACUUAUCCAAGGUUCUGGAUUAUCCAAGGAAUUUUUGUAGUCAAUGUUUUCAAUAUAUCGUGAUAUUUUGGUGCUAAAUUCGUAAAUACAGUAAUUACAACAUAACAUUACUGAGCAUUGAACUACUUCUUCUGUCAAAUUUGUUGUAUAACAUGAUGUUUUGGUGCUUCUAUAUAUAUAAAAGAGUGAUGGCAUCACGGCGACCCACAAAACAACAAAACUACAGGCCCCCCAACCUCGACAUUUGACAACACAACCCAUCAUCCAUGGCUCUAGGUUGAUACAACAAAAAGAAAAGAAAAAUAAAGUCCUAAUUAGAGAGAGAGGAAUAAUUGCUUUUAUCCAAUUGCUGCCAGUUAGAAGGCUAAGCUCCUCCAACUUGGUCUCCUAGCAACCCAAUAAAAAUAAUAAAAAACACUAAAAAUAAUUAAAAACAGUAAAAAAUAUAUACAAUAAAAUAUUAUAAUAACAGAAAAUAACUAAAAAUAAUACAAGAAAAUAAUAAAUUAUAAUAAAUAAAAAGAUAACUUACAAUAAAAUUAAUUAAAAAAUACAAAUAACGUCAAAUAAAAAUUACACAACAAUUUUUAACCAAUACCACCACCACUUUGCCACAGCAAUGCAUGGCCGGGCACAGCUAGUAAUUUAUAAAAUCAUAACCUAAUUUGAUGUUUAAUAUGCUUUUCCUUAAUCCCUCCUUAUUAUCCGAGAUAUUCGCUUAUCCAAAAUUCUGCCGGCCCGUUUAGCUUGGAUAAGUGAGACUCUACUGUAUCUGUUAUUGACGUGCUCCAAAAUUUGGAGAGGAUGCAAACAUUUCCCUUUGCCCCAAUGUGCAGUGCCUAAAAACAGGGCCAAUCAGUCGAACCUUCCUUCUGCCAUGCAGGAAGACACAAUCCAAGCCCUCCCGACAGAUGGCCGUUUCAACAGACUCUGUUUCAAAGCCUCCAGAAAAGGUCCUUCCCCACCCAGUGCUCUUCUUUCGUUGCUUGUAAACCAAAGCGAAAGGACCAAAGUCUUUCCAAAGCUUCUGUUCUUUUGGGGUCUUCGCCUAACCCCAUGGACCUUGACUGCCCGUCAAUAUCGACCCCGUUAAGGCGAGCCAUGUAUGACGCAGCAGCCGAAACCGGCACCGCAAUUUCCCGGGAGGCAUGUGUAUGCCGGGGGAUGCCACACUUUCUUUGCUUACCAAGCUGCUGAUUGUUGCUUUUUUAAAAUAAUAAAUAUGAUGUUUUGUGCUA